AUGAUGUACCUAUGGAUGAACCCUAAAUGUGCAGGCAAACUUCCUCCAGGUUCCUCAGGCUUCCCUUUCAUUGGAGAGACUCUUCAAUUAUUCAUACCAAGCUACUCUCCUGAUGUUCAUCCAUUCCUUAAGAAAAAAAUCCAAAGAUAUGGGUUGUUGUUUCGUACAAACGUUGUUGGCCACAAUGUGGUGGUAUCGGCCGAUCAAGAAUUAAACCGUUAUAUUUUUCAGCAAGAAGAGAAAUUGGUCGUCCAUUGGUACCUCGAUUUGUUUGCCAAGGUUUUCGAACACGGGGAAUUUAGACCCGACGGUCUCACUAUUCAUAAGUACACAAGGAAUUUGGUCUUAAACCACUUUGGCUCGGAGAGUAUCAGGCAAAAACUGCUUACCGAGUUUGAAGAGAUCGCUCGCAAACACAUUCACUCAUGGUCCAUGCAAGACUCGAUUGAAGUCGAACGUGCUUCGAUUGCUAUGUUUGCUGAACUUUGCGGGAAACAUCUGUAUACUCAUGGUGGUGAGAGCUCAGAAGAUUUUGCAGAUUUGUUCAUCAAUCUCAGUAGAGCUGCGAUGUCGUUUCCUUUGAACAUUCCUGGUACAACAUUUCACAAAUGUCUCAAGGACAAGGAAGAAGCGUUAGACACGAGCCGUCGACCGUUCAACCUCACCUUCACUUCAGGCCUCCUUCUUCAAUUUAGAAUUCAGAUCGCCUCCAUUCACCUCACCUUCACCGACUCACACCUUCGCCGUCAGCCGUGCACGAAAGAGGGUGUUUGCAGUUUAGGGGGCGAAAUGCACAAGAUGUACCGGUGGGUCUCGUCGAAAAGCAAUCUUGGGCUUCGCUUGCUCUGGCACCUCAUGCAUUUAAUCUUGAGCCUAUGUUACUUUGUUCAAAGUUUGAUAAAUGCAAUCGAGAGCUUUCUUAUCUCGAGUGGUAUAUUUAAGCAGUACAGAAAUCUUGAUAUUAGCAAAGUACAGUAUCUGGCCGUUGUUAUAGAUAGUGAAGAAGCCCUCGAGACGUUGAAAGUUAUCGAGCUAUUACGAUGGCUUGCGGAUAUUGGGUUUAAGAAAAUAUGCCUUUAUGAUAAAGAAGGAGUGUUGAAAAAAUUCAAAGAUGCCCUAAUGAUGUGGUUGAAAAGCGAAAGAAUGUCAAAGAUUGAGAGUUCCAAGCCCGGAAAGUCUUCCUACGAGUCCUAG